UAGGGCUGGUUCUAACUAUAUUGACAACCUGGGUUUUGCUUCACUUACUGUGUGGAACAUGAAGACAUGGAAAGCCAUGUCCUUCCUCUUGGAGAAGAUCCACCAGCAAUUACUUCUCUAUGCUUUAAUCACAAUGGAAAGAUUUUGGCAGCUUCUGCCGUUGAUGGAAUGAUUCACAUGUUUGACAUGUCUGCUGGUCUACAAAUCACUGGCUGGCCUGCACAUGAUUCUUCCAUCAGUUCAAUUCUGUUUGGACCAGAUGAGACUAGCAUUUUUAGCCUGGGCUCUGAUGGGAAGAUUUUUGAGUGGAGUUUGCAAAAUCAAGGUCAAAUCCUGUGGUCGAGAGACUCUAGUAGGUUCUGUUACCCCCUCAAUGAUUCAAAAUAUUGCAGACAUGAGAUGGCAUUAGAUGCAAAUGGGAGGAGACUCUUGGUAACAUCCAGUUCAUUUAGAGCACCCAUAUACCAGGUUAAUGAUUCGUGGUGAAUUGUGAUUAGACCAUUGCCUUUAGGGAUUAUAAUUAUAUAAUUAUCCAUACAUUGGUUUGACUUGUUACACCCAGUAAAUUUUGGCUUUGAAUAUAUCCGGUUAUCUUGUUAGUUAUCUGGAAUUGUUGUGUCUGGUUGUCUUGUGUCAGU